UGGCUUGGCUUCCGCUCAGAAUACCUCGACGAGUUGAUGCGUUCCGAAGGCCGGGGCUUUUCGUGCGGGCAGACGUAUUGCAGUCGCUGCCAGAAGGUCGGUACCUUGUAUCGGUGUAAGGAUUGCAGCGGUGGGGAUAUGUUGUGCGGCGGCUGUAUAGUGAACGCACAUUUGUUGCUUCCCCUGCAUAUCGUCGAGGAAUGGACCGGCCAAUUCUUUCGCAGGGUUCGUCUCGCAAAGCUGGGCUUACGGAUACAGCUCGGUCACAAACCUGGCGAACCGUGUGCAUGCCCUCACCCCGGUAACAAGGACUUCAUAGUCCUCCACAUCAACGGAAUUCACCAGGUCGCGGUCGACUUCUGCGGCUGCUACCAGAAGGUCGAUCAUUGGCGUCAGCUCGCGCGAUAUCGAUGGUAUCCCGCCACACCGCUCAACCCCCAGACGUGUGCGACAUUCGAGCUUCUUCGGCUGUUUCAAACCAUGAAUCUCCAGGGCAAGAUUACCGCGUACGACUUCUACCACGGGCUCGUUCGACUUACAGAUGGGUAUGGCAUUGAGCCUCUUCCGGACCGACUGCCUUCCUUCAUGAUCAUGGAACAAGAAUGGCGGAAUCUCUUGCUCCUGAAGAGAGGCGGUCGAGGUUUAGAUCCCAGCGGUGUCAAGGGCACAAAGCAGGGCUCUUUAGCGGUGGAUUGUCGGGCUUGCCCCAUCCCGGAAGUCAAUAUUCCAAAGGCCUUCGAAUAUGCACCAAAGGAAGAGGCUUGGCUCUAUCGGCUCCUUCUAGCCCAAGACGCGAACUUCCGCCUCAAGGGAAGGCUUCGCAGAACAUCUGUCGCCGACAUAUCCCUCACCAACGGCCUUGCCUACUUCGUGGAGGAGAAAGCGUACAAGGCAUACCUCGAUACAAGGAAGGAUAAGGAGGACGAUCUGCUCAGUAAUUGUGUCCCAUUCAACGCCAUAUCGAAGGCCAACAACAAGGGCGCAAAGUCUCUCGCAAAUACCGGCGUUGGCGGCGUCUGCUGUGGAAGGCACGAGUGUAUAAGACCGAACGGGAUCGGGGACUUACAGAAGGGUGAGAGGUAUGCGAACAUGGACUACAUCUUCCUCGCCAGCAUCAUCGGUAUCAUGCUCCUUGCCCUCGUCUCCUCCUACGACAUAGGCUGCCAGUGGAGUAUUAAUUUCUGGGAACGGAUGGCGGAGAUGCCCGACCACCUGCAAAUGGCCGACUCCAUCAUCAACAUCCUCUUCGUCGUCCCCGCGUUCCAUCUGGAAGCCCACAUCGAGAAAUGCAAACCGCUUUUUUCUCCGCGUUUCUCUCGCUGGCUCGCUCUGACGGAAUUCGAGGCCAUUGAGAGGAUAUGGGCGAUUCUCAACGGUGCGGCGUUUAGUACCAAGGAGAUGAGGCCUGGGCACCGGCGCGAUACCCUCGACGACUUCUGUGGGUAUGCAAAUUGGACAAAGACAAUCAAACUCGGCUCGAGCUUGCUCAAGAAGUUGGUCGUCGCCAUACCUGCCUGCUUAGACCAUCGAGCGGCUUUACGAGGAUUCGAAGAUAAUCUAAGGAAGGAGUCCCCGGCGGUCUUUGCAUCGUGGGUCAAGAUGUAUGAGGACUGGGAGGAAGGUGAGGACAAGUCGGUGGGCUGCCCGUUUGUGGCCCCUCGUCAAGAGCUUACCAUAGGAGAAGUCCGUCUUCGCCUCACUCAGAAGGAGCAGGAACGCGGCGUUGCGUCUAUACGGGGGAGAGAUGACUCGGGCGAAUGCGCGUUUAUUGUCCUUGGGAUGGAUAUAGAGGUCCAGCAAGCACAGCUCCAGGCUGACCUGAAGAAAGCAAGGCAUGCGACGCAUUUGCAGCGCGCAGAUCUCGAGGAUCGCCGAAGCUCACUCCACCGCCGAAUCCAGCGUCUUCGGGAUCUGCAAACCCAUCUCAUGCCCGACCUUCGAUUGAAGCUCGACAUGACCGAGCAGGCAUUCAAAGGCCGCCGAUCCGACGCCGAAACCACCCCCCUCCAUCUACCUUCGAGUCUUCCUCCCAAUGUCCGAGCAGCGACAUGCUCCAGCUACCUAAUCGAAGCCGAACAGCAACUCCGUGAGGCUGAAGCCUUCGACGCACUGGAGAGUCUUCGAAAUCAGCUUCGAACCCGGACUUUCAUGAGCCGCUACAAGAUCUCCAACAUCACUGGCCAAAGAACGAAUACACGGGCCCAGGAAAUUCUCACGCGUGUAGAGGGCCGCCUCCAUCUAGUCAAGCUCCGCUACCGGCGUGCAAGAACAGCCGUGAUGUCCCUUCUCGGUGAGCAGAGGUGGAUGGAGAACGGGAUGGGCGCGAAGCUUCGGGAGUUGAAGGACGAGGAUGUUAGGGGUCUGAGCGAUGCGGUGUUGAAGGAGGCGGACAAGGCAUCCGUCUCAGAGAAGCAGAUAAAGAUGUCGUGGAUAUGGACAACGGUUAGCAUCCAGGAGGAUGGCUCCGAUCCGGGAUUCAAUGAUGCAUUACGAAUCGAGUGGGCGAAAGCAAAAGCUCGGGCAUCCCGUUGGACCGAGGAGGUCCAGUUGGUCUUCGAGGAGAUGCGGCGGACCAUCGAGUACUGUAGAUGGCGAAAAGGCUGGUGGGAGCGUCAAGCUGGAGCUCGCAAGGAAGUGGCACCGGAGCUCGCUGACGGUCUGUCGGUGUAUGCUCUCGAGCAUGCAGACCUGGAAGAUCGGAUGGCCCGGAACCUAACAGAGCGGUGGGGCGUUAUUCGCAGCCGC